UCUACCUCCUGAGUUCUGGGAUUAAAGACACACCCCACCAUGCCCAGCUGACUUUGAGUAUAUUUAACUUUUUCUGUUGUCUUAAAACUUAAUUUCACAAUCCCUAGCUCUACAGUCCUAGAAACGUCUAUCUUAUCCCAUUUCUUGUUUAGUGUCAUAGAGGGACCUCAAAGCUUGUGGAAAUCUGUGUCUUUGGGAUGGAGUUCUAUAGUGUGUAAGCUGAUAACCCAGCAGCAGGUGAGAAUGGGACUGAGCAGAAACAGUUGAUGAAAAGGCAGCAAAUAGGGAAGGAGAUUCUUGAAAGCUGAUGAGAAGAGGCCCAGCUUUGAGGGCCAGGAGUCCCAGCUCUAUCUUUCUUACUGCAGGUGUAAAUGAGCUACCUUACAGGAUGGCCUGGUAAGUGGCAUCCCUUGAGUUAGUGUGGAUGCUAGACUGUGUGGCCCAGGAAUAGUCAAUUGACCACUUGUCUUAGAGUCUCAGUUUCUUCAUCUGUUCAUUGAGGUAGUUGUUAUGAUAAAGCAAAUGGUAGCAUUCCAAGUGGUACAGAGUGUAAAGAGCCUUUAAUAUAUACUCAGCUUCGUAAGUCAACUCCAGCUGGUGUUCCGCCUGGAGCACUGGCGGGGCAGUGGGGACUCCCGUGGAGAUGGCUUGUGCAGCUGCCCGGUCCCUGGCCGACCAGGACAGGUUUAUUUGUAUCUACCCCACUUACUUAAAUAAUAAGAAGACCAUAGCGGAGGGCAGGCGGAUUCCCAUAAGUAAGGCUGUAGAAAACCCUACUGCUACUGAGAUUCAGGACGUAUGCUCAGCAGUUGGACUGAAUGCAUUUCUGGAGAAAAACAAAAUGAACUCCAGAGAAUGGAACCGUGAUGUUCAGUACAGAGGCAGAGUCCAGGUACAGCUCAAACAGGAAGAUGGCAGCCUCUGUCUUGUACAGUUCCCAUCACGGAAGUCAGUGAUGCUGUAUGUAGCAGACUUGAUACCCAAGUUAAAAACAAGAACACAAAAAUCAGACGGUGCUGACCCAAGUCUUCAGCAAGGAGAGGGGAGUGAAAAAGGGAAAGGAAAGAAGAAGAAAUGAUGUGGUGUGAAUGUGAAGCACGCAGUCCUGCUGUGAGAGACCUGGGCAUCUUUGUGUCGGAGGGAGCAGCUUUCUGUGUCUGUCAUUUAACUGAACUGUGAACAGUGUGUCUCCCAUCUUCAUCAGCAGUUAACAGUGAGAUAAGUUUACAUCCGAAGUCUGCAUCUAGCUUUUAUACUGUGAAAAGGAAAGGGUGUGUGUGUGUGGAAGAAAGAAGACUAUUUUUAAUAGAUAAUGACUGUCCCGUAAGUUACUUGAAAUCCUCUAUCUGUUUGUCUUCUAUGUAAACACAUAUUUCAGGUAAAUAAGUUGAAUAAAAUUUGAAAUACAAAUGUGAAUGGUAUAGCAGGCCUGGCCCUGUCCAUUGUGUUCAUAGGGAGAUGGGAAUCACACCUCCUGGGUAAUGUUCCUCUCCUUGCUGUAGUUGAAUCCAUUUUCUGGCAUUAACUGACACAUGAGAAAAGUUUUUCUUGACUAUUCUCAGAAUUAUUUUCAAUUGAUAGUAACACCAUUCACAGUAUAAACAUGUAGCUAUCCAACUUACAGAAGAGACAUUUUUGUUUAAUGCUUAUCUUUUAACUUGUGUAUGGGUAUGCACAGUAUGAGGCCUGACUUUGGACCUUAUAAAACAACUUUGGAUGUGUGUUCAGGGGCCACGAAUACAGAUUCUGUAGAUAUCUUUAAAGUUAUGUGGAUGCCUGAAGGGACCAGCAAGGGCAUUUGACUCAGUCCAAGAGAGCCUUUAUAGCCCACUGUGUCCUAUAAUACCAUGACACACACACUGCCAGUCCUAACUCUGGGAAGUUCAUAUCCAUGUGUGAGCAAUAGGCACAUAACUUGACCUUGGAAG